AUGAACUCGACAACUCCCGCCACCGACUGUAACAAUACUUCUACCAGCAAUGGGCCAUCUGUUGGUCAGCAAUCAGUAAUGAGCGCAACGAGCUUUCCAUGGCCAGCUCAUACUGCCUUUCCCUUUGAAACAUUGUUGCUUGACAACGACGAGGAUGACAGUGUUUCUUCUUCCGGACGACUCUUUGCUAUCCUUGACGAAGCCAUCAAAAUUGUGACCAGCGAUGAUCUUCCCUCCCAUGAAACAAGAAACCACGACGAUGAACUGCGUCAGUGA